AUGGAUGCUACUUACUCAUGUCACUUGAUCAACUCUAUGAAACAAGAUGAUGCCAGCAUUUACACUAGUCUUGGAGAACCAGAAAUCAAACAGGAAACGAAGAUAGUUGCUGAGGUCUUGAAGAUCAAACAGAUUCUUGACAAGACUCCAUAUGAAUCCCAAUCAGUAGCAGCAGUAGUGUAUGAGUCGUUAUCAAAGCUUCAACACCUGGGUUUGUCUUUCAAAACUUUGGAAGCAACAGGAAUAGGAAAAUCUGUUGGUGCUCUUCAAAAGCAUGCAUCCAGGGACGUCCGCCAGAUUGCAAAGAAGCUGGUCAGAAUCUGGAAAGGUGUGGUGGAUGAGUGGUUCAAUGCUACAGAAAACAUGUCUACUUCUAAAGGUGGUGAGGAAUGGAACAUGAUAAAUCCAGCACCAAUCAAGAAGCAAACGUCGACGGUCCGAAAGAAGAAACACUCAGCAAACAAGUUCCAACUUUCAGAAAGAGAAGAAGAAAGCAAAGAGAUUAUGAGAAUGGAAGAGAAACUUGAAGCAACAAAGAGAAAGCUCCUUCAAGGGUAUCAAGAAGCAGAAAACAAGAAAAGACAGCGAAGAAUACAAGUCAUAGAUUUGCAUGAACUCACUCAGGAACACCUUCUCCCCCAAACUCAACAUAGGGUAACAAAAUAUAGGAACCUUCCAUGA